AUGAAUCCGUUCCCUCUCCAAGAGGCGGACGACUGGCCCCUCCCCAGUCGACGAGAGAGCACUGUGUCUUCCUCAACGCACUCGUCUGGCUCUCUCAGCUUCGUCUCCUCGCCCCCUUUCUCGCCCUCCCUGAGCCCGUCCACCUUUUCCACGCCCGGUUCGCGACCGCGGGAGGGCUCCGUCAACGAUGAGGUCGCCCGCCUACCCCUCAGUCCGGCAGUGACAGUGUCGUUUGUCCGGAGCAAUCGGCUGUUCAAGCUGCGGUACUCGUUCAUCAACAUCCGCAAGGACUUUACGGGGGCGCUGAAGUGUCUCGAGCUGGGCGGCGGCAUUGGGCAACAGAAUGCCUUUCUACACAGCUUUAUAACAACGCGCCUCCCCGUCCCCCACCUCGAACACCCCAAAAUCGGCACCGAACCGUCCCUGCGCAUCUCCUUCCUCGACGAACAGACCGUCCAGACAGGGGCGACCGUCUUCGCAACGCAGAUCUCGUACACCUUCGAAGACUGGAACGACUGCCUGCAGUUCCAAGAACUCAUCCUGGCCUCCAAACUGGCCUUCAUCGCGGGCAUCGCAGAGGCAAAGUCCAAAGGCCGGGGCGAGGAAUGCAUCAGCCAGAACCUGCGCAUCCUGCGUGGGAAUAGUGGCAAGCUGGUGAUGAUCUUCUUUGCGAAUUCGCAGCGCAAGGAGCGCAAGCGCUAUGUGUCUAUUCCACUCAGCUGCAUUGAAAGCGUCACCCCUGGCAAGAACCCCCGCCGGCCGGUGGUUCUGCAGCUGCAGCCAAACUUCGACCAUCUGGCGCAGAUGAAGACGCUGCAGAUCCAGUUUCUGGAUAGCGAUGAUCAAAAAGCGUUUGUCGAGUUCCUGGCAGAGAAUAGUCGGUGA